UCCUUCUUCCCUCUUCCUGCUGGGCUGUGGGUGGGAGAGCACAGACCUGGGGGCAGUGAAAACAUUGAGCUCCUAAUCAUGGGGAAUUUAGGGGAUUGCAGACCGGAAGGGAUUUGAACCAUUUAUGUCCCAAGUCAUGGGCAUUUGGUUUUGUAAGGAUGGCCAGUUUUGUGAAAUCACAAUAGAAGAAGACAUUGAUGAAACCAGAUCGAUGAAGAAGAAAGAGAAAAAGAAAAAAACACAGCCUUCACCCACACCGCCACCCCCUCCACCAAAGAAAAAGAAGCUCCCUGACCAAGAACAGAAAGCCAUAAAGAUCCAGGCCUGGUGGCGGGGCACCCUGGUGCGCAGGACAUUGCUGCAUGCGACACUCAGAGCAUGGAUCAUUCAGCAGUGGUGGAAGAUGACAGUGGCAAAGCUGCUGGAAAAGAGGAAACGAGCAGCCCUAGAGUCCUAUGUGCAGCAAGAAUGGGCAGUGGUCAAGCUACAGUCCUUGGUCCGCAUGUGGCACAUACGCCAGCGAUACUGCCGUUUGCUCCACGCUGCCCGCAUCAUUCAGCUGUAUUGGCGCUGGCAUAAUUGCCAUAGCCGUGGCUUUUUCCAGGGCAGCUAUGACCUCACAGCAUCCCAUCUGGGACUAGAACUCGAGAUUUUUCUGGGGUCACAGAUUUGUCGGAUUACAGACUGCAUCCCCUUCCCAAUAAAGAGCUAAUCAGGUCUGCUCCAA